AAACAGAUUACAGAAAACACACACAGAAUAAGAAUAACAACUGACCUGUGACCUGUGUGUGGUGGGCAAUAAUAUAAUAUAAACACGUAAAACGGACACAAACUACAUACCAAAAUGCCGAAAAUCUUUCUCAUCAAGAAUCGUCUGCAUCAGCAGCAGCAACGUUUGCUGGAAUCACAGAAUUUGCUGCAACACAAGAGUCAGGAUGAUGAACGUUGCCUGGUGCCACCAUUAAGUCCACAUAGUAGUGGCAGUGGCAGUGGCAGCGGUGGAUCUACAACACCGCCAACACCACCAGCACCACCGUCGGUACCAAGUCAACCUUCGCCUGAACCAUUGGGACAGGUUCAUCAUAGAGAUGAUGAGCAGCAUCAGCAGCAGCAGCAGCCACCACCACAACAACAACAACAGCCUUUGAGUUUAACGCGCAAACGUUUUCAUCAUCGUCGACAUUAUUUUGGUCAAUCGCGGCAUAAUUUCGAGCAUGGACAAAUUUCAAAUCAAAACUCUGCCGAACUGGAAUUGGGAGUUGGAGUUGGAGUUGGAAUUGGAGUCGAAACCAAAACAAGCGAAGUUCAAAAUGAAAAUCUCGAUUGCCUGAGACCGGUAGAGUUACUGCAGCGUUUAAGCUGUGGCACCACAACCAAUCCAAAUCACAACCCCACCAAUACAAACACCAUCAGAGCCACAACACCACCACUAAUAGCAACAACAACAACAACACCCACCACAACCACCACCACUUCCCCCGCAUUAGCCUUAAAAGACUGCGAACGAAAUUCGCCCAUACCAACAGCAACAACAACAACAACAGCAGCAAUACCAAAGGAGCCGACGUUAAAGCCAACGCCAGCGUCAACGCCGCAGCCUCAGCCUCAGCCCCUCGACGAAAGUGAGAAAGAAGCUACAACAGCGGCAACGACAACAGCACGAAGCGUAGACGAAGACGAUCACGAAAAGAAGCGAGCAACAGAAUCACCGAGUGUGAAGGAACACCACAACGAAGAAGAAGAAGAAGACGAUACUGAAGUUGAUGUGGGUAUUGAGACGACGACAAAUACUGUGCGUCCACGUUAUGUGUUGACCCAAGCCCAACGUAAAGAAUAUCCACAAGAUCAACAGCAACCACAGAAUCUCUCAGCCUACAAGGAUACCGAUAGCGAUUCCGAUUCGGAUAAUGAUUCCGAUGAUGGCUGUAAAUUAAUUGUGGACGAGAAGCCAUUGCUUCCUGUAGAUAAACCAUUGUCGCUGCGCAUGCGCAGCACACCGCCUCCUGCCGAAACACGCCCAAGUCCGCCACCUCCACGCGAACCCACCCCCAUUCAAGCUGCUCCACCCGUCCGUUGCAGUGUGAUACAGCGGGCUCCACAGGCAAUUGCAUCCUCCUCUUCCUCAUCGUCAUUGGCCGUAGUCGAACCGCCACUAGAUUUGCCGCCUCUACGUCGAGGCGGUGGCGUACAGCUACCAUUGAGCUCACUUGAUCUCGAUCAGCUGGGACCAGAGCAACAGGAGCCCAUCGAUUAUCACGUACCCAAGCGUCGCAGUUCCACCUACGACAGUGACGAGGAGUUGAACGCCCGUCGUUUGGAGCGUGCCCAUCGUGUGCGUGAGGCGCGUCGUCGCAGUACAAUUUUUGCUGCCCGUGUGCUUUUGGCCCAGUCGCAGCAGCGCUUGAAUCCGCGCCUGGUGCGCAGUUUACCUGGCAUUUUGGCAGCUGCUGCUGGUCACGGUCGGAGCAGUAGUUCAGGUGCAGCCGGUCAGGGUUUUCAAUCGUCGGGCUUUGGUAGUGGAAGCGGUUCCAACGGUUCCGGUAGUGGACAAGCCAACGGUGGUGCUGGUUCGCCAAGCGGUGGUUUUGGCGGCGCAUUGGGCGGCAGCGGUGCCGGCGGCGGUGGCAUGGGCGGCGGUCGCGACGGACGCAGUAAUUACGGUCCAAAUUCACCGCCCACAGGGGCAUUGCCACCCUUUUACGAAAGCCUAAAGAGCGGGCAACAGCAGCAGAGUAGUAGCACGGCAAACAGCAAUAAUCAGCACGGAUCCGGUGGCAAUCAUCAUCCGUCGCAUUUUCAAGGCAAUCCCAAUUUUCUCAUACAGAACGCUGCAGCGGCUGCCUACAUAAUGUCAGCUGGCGGUGGAGGCGGAGGAGCUGGUGCAGGUGGUGCUGGUGGCCAUAAUGGUUACAUCAAUUGUGGAAGUGGUACUGGCUCUGGUGGUGGUGCUGGUACCGGUGGUGGUAACGGCUCCAAUUCAAAUCUUGAUGGUAAUAAUAUUUUGAACUUCGCCUCUGGCCUCAACAGCAGCAAUAAUUCUAACUAUAAUGACUCCUCCUCCAAUUCCUCCAAAUUCCAUAAUAUCCAUUCAACGCAUUCCAUGAUGGGUUCCGGUCCUGGUUCCGCAACUGGUCCAAAUAUGCUUGGCACUGGCAAUGGCAUUGGUGGUCAUCCAUUUUAUGGCGGCAAUCCAUCAGCCUAUGGCAUUAUAUUGAAAGAUGAGCCCGAUAUUGAGUAUGAUGAGGCGAAAAUCGAUAUUGGUACCUUUGCCCAGAAUAUCAUACAAGCCACAAUGGGCAGUUCGGGUCAAUUUAAUGCCUCCGCCUAUGAGGAUGCCAUUAUGUCAGAUUUGGCCAGUUCGCAGUGUCCCAAUGGUACGGUGGAUCCAUUACAAUUUACGGCCACAUUGAUGCUCAGCUCACAGACGGAUCAUUUGCUGGAACAAUUAUCCGAUGCCGUCGAUUUGAGUUCAUUUCUGCAGCGUAGCUGCGUGGAUGACGAGGAAUCGGCCACAACGAGUCCCAGGCAGGACUUUGAGCUGGUCUCGACGCCAUCGCUGACACCGGAUUCGGUUUCGGUGACACCGGUGGAGCAACAUUCUGUGAAUACCGCCCAAUUGGAUGCACUGCAUGAGAAUCUGUUGACGCAGCUAACCCAUAAUAUGACACGUGGCGGUGGUAACUCGCAGCAGCAGCAGCAGCAUGUGUCCCAACAGCAGCAACAACAACAUAUGGGUUCACAGCAGCAGCAUAAUGUACAUCAGCAACAUGUUAGCCAGCAACAACAACAGCAGCAGCAGCAACAUGUCAAUCAGCAGCCACCACCUUCAUAUCAACAUGCAACCAGAGGAUUGAUGAUGCAACAACAACAGCAUCAUUCGAAUUACCCGCAGCAGCAUCAGCAGCAGCAAUCAUCUUUGAUCACACAACAGCAACAGCAAUUGCUUUCACAGCAACAACAGCAACAUCAUCAACAGCAACAUGCUGCAGCCUACCAGCAACAUAAUCUCUAUCAACAACAGCAGCAGCAACAUCAACAACAUCAUCACCAACAGCAGCAACAGCAUCAUCACUUCCAUCAACAGCAGCAGCAACAACAGCAGCAACACUCACAUCAUUCCCAUCAUGACAAUAGCAAUCUCUCACUGCCCUCACCAACGGCACAUGCCGCGGCUGCCGCUGCCGCUGCAGCAGCUGCUGCUGCCGCCGCUGCGCAUUUAACGCGUCCCAUGAGCAGCAGCAGCAGUUCGGGCACUAACAGCAGCAGCAGCAAUUCGGGCCUAUUGGAUGCCAAUGCAGCAGCUGCUGCAGCAGCCGCUCUUCUGGAUACUAAACCGCUCAUUCAAAGCGUAAGUGUUACAUUUACUCGAGAAGUUGCUCAGCAACAGCAACAAGAAAUUCAACAGCAACAACAAGUUCAACAGCAGCACAAAGAUGUCAAAAUUAAGAAAGAGAAGAAGGAUUUUAUUGAAAUUGUUCCCUUAGAUUCUAUAAUUGUUACACCCAAAUCAGAGAUUAUACAGGAUACUACUAGUGAAGUAAUAACAACUACAACAAUAUCAACAACAACAUCAACGCUAACAGCAACAGCAUCUUCUUCUUCAUCAUCAUCGACGUCAUCAUCGGGAACAUCAUCGAAUGGCACAAAACUAAGUCGACGUGCCAAAGCUGUGGCAUAUGGUUCCACAACGGUAACAAUUAUAUCCACUCUGAUGCCAUCAGCUGAGGUGCCAACCACACGAACUGUCCAUUGCACCACAUUGCGUUCAUUAGCCACAGCAGCGGCUGCCACAGCGGCAGGUCUCUGUCCGCCAUCGCCAACAGUUUCAGUGCUCAACGAGAGCAAAGUAUUGCAGCGGCGUUUGGGUCUACCACCCGAUUUGCAAUUGGAAUUUGUGAAUGGUGGACAUGGCAUUAAGAAUCCUUUGGCCGUUGAGAAUGCCCAUGGUGCCCAUCACCGUAUACGCAAUAUUGAUUGCAUUGAUGAUCUCAAACAUGGCCACCAGUCAUCGCAACAUCACCAGCAGCAACAACAGCAGCAGCAGCAACAACAACAAUUGUCGCCGCAGCAUCAGCACUCCAUACAACAGCCACCACAACAACAACAAUCCUCACUUGCCGUCCAACAACAACAGCAGCAGCAGCAACAACAACAACAACAACAACAACAGCAUCAACAACAUCAUGGUGGCAGUGGCAGCAAUAGCAGCAGCAGUGCCAGCAGCAAUGGCAGCAUUCAUGGCUCAGCCGAUGCACUCUGCGGUGCGGGUGGCGGCAAUGCCAGCUCUGUUAGCAGCGAUGAUCCUAACAAUAAAUUUGUUUGUCGGGUCUGCAUGAAAACAUUCUCAUUGCAACGUCUGCUCAAUCGUCACAUGAAAUGCCAUUCCGAUAUCAAACGCUAUUUGUGCACAUUCUGCGGCAAGGGUUUCAACGAUACCUUCGAUUUGAAGCGGCAUACACGUACCCAUACCGGCGUCCGUCCAUAUAAGUGUAAUCUGUGCGAGAAGAGCUUCACGCAGCGCUGCUCACUGGAAUCCCAUUGCCAGAAGGUGCACAGUGUGCAGCAUCAGUAUGCAUAUAAGGAGCGGCGAGCCAAGAUGUAUGUUUGUGAGGAAUGUGGUCAUACCACCUGUGAACCGGAAGUCCAUUAUCUGCAUCUGAAGGAUAAUCAUCCUUUCUCGCCGGCGCUGCUGAAGUUCUAUGAUAAGCGUCAUUUCAAAUUUACCAAUUCGCAGUUUGCCAAUAAUCUGCUUGGUCAGCUGCCUAUGCCUGUGCAUAAUUAAAAUUUUGCAUACAACAUUCUAUAUAUGUAUAUAUA